AAAAAAAUUUUUUUUUUUUUUACUUCCAUCAAAAAUUAUCAUUAAUAUACUGUAUAUAAAAAAAAAGAUGUCUAUAAAACUUCAUAAAGUUCUUUUAAGAGACUUUUCAUCAAUGUUAAAAUAUUCAAAUGAUUAUGAUACUAUUAUUCAAGUCGGAGAAAAUCAAAGUAUGAAAGAAUUUUUUGCACAUUCAAUUAUUCUUAAAGUUCGUUCAACCUAUUUUAGAAGAGCAUUAUCACACGAAUGGAUCAUCAAAAAGAAUAAUAUGUUCGAAUUUAAGAAACCAAAUAUUGAUCCUGCUGUAUUCGAAAUGAUUCUCAAGUAAGAGAUAUAUAUAAUUUUGAAUUAUUUCAUAAUAAAAAAAAAAGUAUUAACAUACUUUUUCCUUCAUACAAAGUUAUAUUUAUCAUGGUGAAUUAAAAUUAAGUAAAUCAGGCGGAUUUGUUUUUAAGUUGUUAAUUGCAUCUG